AUGAUAGACAAUGCCCACUGCAUCACCAUGGUUUGCAAUCCAAAAAUCUUUAAAAAGAAGCAGAAGAACGGCAGUUCCACCAAACCCAGCUGCCCGUAUUGCUGUUGUGCAGUUGGGAGCAAAGACCGAUCGCUUUCUGUCUGGCUGACGUGUCUGAAAAGGCCAUUGGUCGUCAUACAUGAGCUGUUCGACAAGUCCAUCAUGGAUAUCUCAUGGACUUUGAACGGCCUUGGCAUUUUAGUCUGCUCCAUGGAUGGAUCGGUGGCAUUUCUGGAUUUUUCCCAAGACGAGCUUGGGGACCCGCUGAGCGAGGAAGAGAAGAGCAACAUCCACCAGUCGACGUACGGUAAAAGUUUAGCUAUCAUGACGGAGGCGCAUCUCUCGACGGCUAUUAUCGAGAAUCCGGAGAUGUUGAAGUACCAACAAAGGCAGCAGCAAGUGGAGAAGAAGAACGAGGCCCUGAGAGACGGAAUGGGCCCCGCAGCAGCGAUAACGGCGCCUAAACUGGCCAGCAUGGUGAAUGGAGAAAGCUUGGAGGACAUUAGAAAGAACCUUUUAAAGAAACAAGUCGAGACCAGGACGGCCGAUGGUCGGCGAAGGAUCACACCGCUCUGCAUAGCUCAGUUGGACACAGGGGAUUUUUCGACAGCCCUCUUUAACAGCAUCCCACUCUCGGGGUCUUUAGCCGGGUCCAUGAUGUCAGCUUCCCAGACCAAUCAGCUCAUAGCGUUAGAUUACAACGCGGCCAACUCCCUGGGCACCGUUAAGCCUGCCUUAGAGCCCAUGGCAGCGGCCGCUAAAUCGGCGGAAGACGUAGCCAACAAGGAUGGUCUGAACGCUACCUCGACUUCAGCUGCUCUCCCAGCCGCUUCGCCCUCAGUGCUGCCCACCUCUUCUAAGAUUGAGCCCAUGAAGGCUUUCGAUUCUCGGUUUACGGAGCGAUCCAAAGCCACCUCAGGGACUUCCCCCGUCUCGCACACCAAUCAGGUUACCUUGGACAGACUGAAGGAGCAGAACUCUAUUCGGGAAAGCAAACCCAGGGAUCUCCUAGAAAGUAGCAGCGAUAGCGAAGAAAAGCUGGCCAUCAAACCCUUGUCGCUCUCCAAGCGAAAGCUGGACCUUGACGUUGAAAAAAAGAAGAAAGGAAGACCUCGGAAAGACUCCCGGCUCAUGCCUGUCACUUUAACCGUUCAGUCUCCGGCUAUAUUAGCAACUGAGAAAGAUGGUGCUUGCCACAGUACACCGUUAGCACUUAAAUUGCCGAACCCAGUCCUACAGAAAUCGUUCGCAUUGCAGGUGAGCUCCGAUCCCUCCAUGUAUAUUGAAGUGGAAAACGAGAUCACAACUGUGGGAGGAGUCAAACUUAGCAGACUGAAGUGCAACCGAGAAGGGAAAGAGUGGGAAACGGUGCUCACCAGCCGAAUUCUCUCUGCGGCGGGAAGCUGCGAAGUGGUGAGUGUGGCCUGUGAAAAGCGGACCCUCUCUGUGUUUUCGGCGUGUGGCCGUCGCCUUCUCCCUCCCAUCGUUCUCCAUUCCCCCAUCUCCACGUUGCACUGUACAGGGUUUUACAUGAUGGCUCUCACAACGGCUGCAACCCUCUCCGUCUGGAACGUGCGGAAGCAGUCCGUGGUGGUGAAAGACGAGUCCCUACAAACCAUUUUAGCAGGAAGUGAAACCACCGUCUCUCAAAUCUUGCUGACUCAGCAUGGCAUCCCCGUGAUGAAUAUGUCGGACGGAAGAGCAUAUUGCUUUAACCCUUCUCUGUCUUCUUGGAACCUUGUCUCCGACAAGCAGGAAACAUUGGCACAGUGUGCAGACUUCAGGAGCAGUCUACCAUCCCAGGAGUCCAUGCUGUGUUCGGGACCUUUAGCCAUCAUUCAAGGACGAAUGUCAAAGUACGACUUUGUCUGUCUCGCUCUACCUCUUUGUGUUUACCGCCAAAACGAGCCAAGCUCUUGAUCACCCAAAACCUUG